AUGAAGAAGCAACCUCCAUCCACUGAUUCAGACGAUUUUCAGUCCGACCACGACUGUAAAAAUCCCAAAAACAUGCGACGGUACCAUAAAUCCAAAAUCCCCAAAUCCACUGAGAAGGGUAAUUCAUCUAACUCCGAUUUCGAAGAUGAAAUUCAACCCGAAGAUGUCGCUAGCGAAGAAUAUUUGAGCGAAGAGGAAUCCCCAUUGGAAAUUUUCAACAAAAGAAACAAAAAAAGGUUUCAAAAAGAGAAGGGUGAAGUUAAUUUGAACAAGAAAAGGAGAAAACCGAACCCCCCGCAACGUGUUCAGAAGCAUGUCGUGUAUAAGGAAUGGGAAUUACUGAUCCCUAAACCACGGGAUAUAAAUGUGAAGGUGCAAAAUAGCAAUGACAACAGCAAAGAAAAAUGCACCAUAAUGGACAUCAAGAAAACUCUGACGAAGGAGCAAUUGGAAGCUUUUGGGAUGUCAGCUUUUGGCAAGUUCCUUGAUCUCCCACAUUGCAUUGUCCAGAACCAGCUUGUCAACUACAUACUUUUACGUGAAGUUUAUCAAAGUAGGACAGAUGAGAUCUGGUUCGAUUUCGGAGGGAAAUUCCUACGAUUUGGUAUAGAGGAAUUUGCUGUCGUGACUGGUUUGAAGUGCACUGGAAAUAGUAAGAAAUUGAACAUUCCAAAGAUUGCCAAUGGUCUGCACGACAAGUAUUUUGCUGGUGUUGAAUUAACUCGGAGCCACAUCAGGUGGCAGUUUCUGAAAAAAAUGUGGGCGAGUGAUGAAGAUGCUGUGAAAUUUGCUAAGUUGCAUUUCUUAGCAAAUUUCCUCAUGGGCUCUCAAGAUGCUCUUCGCAUAGACCGUUGUUUUGUUGACAUGAUUGACAGUCCGGAGUGCGAAGAUUACUCUUGGGGAACCGUUGUCUUUCAGUUUACCUUACAGUACCUGAAGAAGUCCAUUCAAACCAGAGAGCAGAUGCACAUAUCUGACAAUGAUGAGGGAAGUAACCUGUAUCGGUUAUAUGGUCUGAUAUUGGCUCUUCAGGCAUGGUUUUAUGAGGUUUGCGAUACGGCUGAGGGUGUAGUUGCAACCAACGUGGGUGUACAUGAUAUCCCGAGGAUAAUCAAGUGGGAAGUUCGUGAACCUUGCACGCGUAGUUUUGUACAGAGAACCUUUUCUAACCUUGAUCACUCUAAGUUCAUUAACAUCGUUCCUACCGAGGCGGAAAAACAAAAUCUUUUGUUGGACACAUUCUUUAGAAAAAGAAAUGAGUUCACCCGGAAAAAUACUUCAUCAAGCCCCGUGUUGCAACAUACCAAUGAUGAUUAUGUUAUAACCCGCCUCGACAAACUAACUGCUGAAGUCCAGAGCCUGAAGGAUGCCCUCAACGACUUCUCAAGACGGGGUGUUUCAAGUAAAGAGCCACACGUCGACAAAGGAAAGACCAGUGAAGAUCUUGUUGGAAGUGAAAUGCGAGAUGAUAGUAUCCACAUCUCAACUGGAAAAGAGACGGUCACAGUUAAAUCUCCUACACGAGCAUUUAGAACCAAAGCAGAAGCACUCAUGAAGACUGCUUCAGACACAAGAGGUUUCAGUUAUGAGCCACACCCCAUUUUCGGUUAUGCAUUGAAUAGAUCUCAGCCGUCGUUUGAGGCAAUAACUGCUGGUCUACCACCAACGCCGCCAUCGAAGAAAAAUAUCCCAGCAAAGGUCAUUAAUACUGUCGAGAAGAAUGAGAUGGUAAAAGGAGAGAACCCACAACCAAUCAAGGAACAACAACAACUUCCUUUAGUUGUACACAGUCCAAAGAAAGAGAAAGUGAGGCGAACCAAGAAGCCGAGGACAAAAUUGGAGACCAAAAUUUCCACCAGUAAACGAAUAAGACUACAGAAGUCUUGCCCAUUCGACGUCGGGUUUCGCAUAAAUGUUUCUGGGGAAGUGGACAUGAAAGAAUUCAGAGACUGGAUUUGUGAGGGUUUGCUCAUGUCGGCUCCUCGCAAAGUCGGAAACGGUUUGAAUUACUACAAGGUCAGGAGCAAAACCUUGCCUACUCCUUUUGAAUUUAACGUUGUUUCGGUGACGGAUAAGAACUGGUUUUACAACUUAUUUGAGAUAGGCUGCUUCCUUGACUGCAGUCACAUAGACGUCUUAUUCUACUACUUGAGGAAAAUUGGAUUUUAUGCCAAAUAUGCACCAGUCAGGUAUACAACGACUGAUGUGUUGUUUGACCAACACAUUAAGUCGUUGUACGCAUUGUUUGUGUCUCAGUCUCGUAACAAAUCUUUAUGCAAUGUCGACGAUAUGAUAAUUGACUACAUACUGGGAUUCAAGAUUAUAUGUGGUGUUCCUUGGGCCAAGGUCGAUCAUGUCAUGUUCCCGAUGCAUUUGGAAAUUAACGGUGUGGGUCAUUGGAUUUUGGGACGAUUAUCUCUUGUUGACAUGAAACUUCAUAUCUACAAUUCAAUUCGCACAAACGACUGCGAUGACCUUGUUAUGGACAAUGUGAAGGCUUAUGUCGAAAUUCUUCCCAUUUUCCUUGGUUUGGCGAAUCUUUCGAGGAAUGGAGUGUCCGGCGAAGGCAAUAUUGAGGUGGUUAUGGUUGACAAUCUCCCACAGCAACAUAACAGGUACCAUAUUUUGUAUCUAAUCUGA